AUGUACCCUUGGAGCUCUGCUGCCUAUACGCAGUCCGCCCCACUCCUGACGAUGCCAAAUGGUUUUGAUGACCAAGAUAAGCUUUUAGCAGAGGCAAUUAGUACGGCACGGAAGCAGGCAUUCCAAAUGAAUCAUUUCCUCGAUAAGGAUCGUAUGUUAGAUGCAUUAAAAUGUGCUAGCACAAUGUUGAGCGAACUGCGCACUUCAUUACUUUCACCAAAAAGUUACUACGAAUUAUAUAUGGCCAUCACAGAUGAACUUUGUCACUUGGAAUUGUUUUUUAGUGAAAAGUGCGAAAAGGACGCUGAUCUGUACGAAUUGGUACAAUAUUCACAUACUAUUGUGCCGCGCCUAUAUUUAUUAAUAACAGUGGGAAUUGUGUAUAUCAAACGUGAUAAAACGUUAAAACGUAGCAUAUUAAAGGAUUUGGUGGAAAUGUGUCGUGGAGUGCAGCAUCCUUUACGAGGAUUAUUCUUACGUAAUUAUUUACUACAGUGUACGCGUAAUAUAUUACCUGAUGUGCUGAAGACAGAAAAUGAAAAUGAGGGUACUGUUACGGAUGCGAUUGAAUUUGUCUUAACAAAUUUUGCUGAAAUGAAUAAAUUAUGGGUACGCAUGCAACAUCAAGGGCAUUCAAGUGAAAAGAAUCGCCGAGAAAAGGAGAGAGAAGAAUUAAAAAUAUUAGUUGGUACAAAUUUGGUGCGUUUAUCGCAAUUAGAAUCUGCAACGCUUGAUACUUAUAAGCGUAAAAUAUUACCGGGUAUACUGGAGCAGGUGGUUAGCUGCCGGGAUGCUAUUGCUCAGGAAUAUCUAAUGGAAUGCAUAAUACAAGUGUUUCCAGAUGAAUUUCAUCUACAAACUCUUGAUCCAUUUCUUAAAUCAUGUGCGCAACUUGAAGCCGGUGUCAAUGCGAAAAACAUUAUUAUUUCGCUUAUAGAUCGACUAGCUGCAUAUAAUCAGCGUAGUGGAAUGACAAGUGGAACUGACAUCGAAUCUUUAAUACCAGGCGAAGUAGAACUAUUUGAAGUAUUCAGCGUGCAAGUUGCUAAUAUUGUUCAGGCGCGCACCGAUAUGCCUUUGGAAGAUACUAUUUCACUGCAAGUAUCAUUAUUAAGUCUUGCGCAAAAAGUGUAUCCGGAUCGUGUAGACUAUGUUGACAAAGUACUUGGCACAACAAAUCAAAUACUUGAACAACUCGAAAUGAAUAAUAUUUCACAUUUCCUUUCCGUAAAUCAAGAACUUUCUCGAUUAAUUCGAAUCUGUAUUGAUUUUUACAAUAACAUUCUAACUAUUAUAAAAUUGAAUAACUUUUGUCCAUUGCUCGAGAAAUUUGACUACAUAUCCCGCAAAUCUUUGGCACUUUAUCUUGUUAUGAAUAUACUCGAAUUUGAAACUUUUAUACCAACAGCAGAACAAGCAGAUCAUGUAUUAAAAAUAAUUGCACCACUUAUUAAAGAUGAAGAGAAUAAAGAAACAUCUAAUGCCAAGACUACUACGAAUGAACGUUUAGAUCCUGAAGAGUUCGCAGAAGAGCAAGGUGUAGUGGCACGAUUUAUACAUCUUAUGAAAUCAGAUGAGCCUGACACACAGUAUAAAAUAUUACAAGCCGCAAGAAAACACUUAGGUAGCGGUGGACCACAAAGAAUUAAACACGUUUUACCGCCACUUAUAUUUGCUGCUUAUCAAUUAGCAUUUAAAUAUAAAGCAAUCGCAGAACAGGAUGAAAAUUGGGAUAAGAAGUGUCAGAAAAUAUUACAGUACUGUCACAGUACAAUCGCUGUAAUAGCGAAAGCAGAUUUACCUGAAUUAGCGCUGCGUCUUUAUUUACAAGGCGCAUUGGUUAUUGGAGAAAUUGCCUACACAAAUCAUGAAACAGUUGCGUACGAUUUUAUGACGCAAGCAUUUUCUCUUUAUGAAGAUGAAAUUUCAGAUUCUAAAGCACAAUUAGCUGCAAUUACAUUAAUUAUGUCAACAUUUGAGCAAAUGUCUUGUUUUGGUGAAGAAAAUGCUGAACCUUUACGUACUAAUUGUGCGUUAGCAGCUGCGAAAUUACUCAAGAAACCAGAUCAAUGUAGAGGUGUCGUUGCGUGUGCAGCACUUUUCUGGAGUGGAAAACAAAAUGGCGAAGAAAUGCGCGAUGAGAAACGUACGCUAGACUGUCUGAAAAAAGGUGCACGUAUUGCGUCUCAAUGUCUAGACACAGGUGUACAAGUCCAAUUGUAUGUUGAACUUCUAAAUCAUUAUCUCUUCUAUUUUGAACGUGGAAACAGUCUGAUCACAGUGGCAAUGCUUAAUCAGCUCAUCGCUAAAGUUAACGAAGAACUGCCUAAUUUAGAACCUAGCGAAGAAACAAAACAAAUCGAAAUGCAUUAUAAAAACACAUUGGCGCAUAUAAGAAGUCGCAUAGAAUCAAAUGAUGCCGGUUUAGAAGUUUCCUUCGCAGGCAUUUCGAUUAAUUAG